GCACUUGAUCAUCUCACAUCAUGAAGUCUAGUGUACACAUUGCCUGUCUUAUGCUUGCCCUUCUCCUUCCAGGCAUUGACGGACAGAGAGCACGAUUGGUUAAGGGCACAUCACGGUACAAUGGACGCCUAGAACUAUUUUACAAUGGAACAUGGAACACAGUGUGCAAUGACUUAUUUGAUGCAAAAGAAGCUAAGGUAGCUUGCAGGAUGCUUGGAUUUAACAGCUCUCGUGCCCUGGCCGUAAGGACAUCAAUGUACGGAGAGGAUUCGGCUCCCAUUCUGUUAGAUAACGUGCGAUGUAGGGGAUCAGAAGCUACGCUGAUGCAAUGUCAACACAAUGGAUUAUACAACAACGACUGUGGACAUCAGGAGGACCUUGGAGUCAUUUGCAGCAACCAACCAGAAGAGCUGCGUUUGACGGGCACUCGUCCAGACAUACCUGGUCUGGGCCGCGUAGAAAUAAAUCUAGCUGGUGAGUGGUACACAAUGUGUAUCCCAGAGGUCAACGUUUCCGAAGUCGUUUGUAGACAACUCGGUCUACCGUUUAAAUCAGCAGUACCUUUGAGGAAAUUUUCACUAGGACCACUCAACAAACCAAAGCUAUUGACCAGCCUGAAGUGCAAAGGUCACGAAGGCAGCGUCAUUGAGUGCGAUCAGGCGUCUUAUAACAAUCCAUUGGAAAUCUUUUUCUCCUGUAAUUCAGAAUCAGACUAUUAUGGAGUCUCCUGUGGCAUCUCCCCUUUGACUUUUAUCCAACUAAACGAAGGCCCAUAUCCUGCAAUGGAAGGAACAAAUAUUACUCUAGAGUGUAUCACCGAACAUGCUCUAACCAAUUACACCUGGCAAAACAAUGCAGGAGGUUUGGCUAAUGAAAGCAGCCUCGUUAUAAAUAAUCUGAACAGAACUCAUAAUGGAAAACGAAUACAGUGUUUGGCUGUUUCCCGUGAUGGUUUGAUUGUAUCCAGUAAUACCCUGAGUCUGCAGGUUUACUAUAAGCCGGUUAUCAGAAUCUACUCGGCCUCCAGUAACCCAUAUUGGUCUUCUCACAACACUAUGAGGUCACAAGAGGUCAAAAUGUCACAUUUUCCUGUGAAGCUCAAAGCAACCCUCCUCCUUCUUCCAUCACGUGGUCAGGAAGAAUGAACAGUACUACUCAUGAAUUACAUGUCCUAGAGGCCGAUCAGACAAAACACAAUGGAGUCUACACCUGCACAGUGGUCACUGGAACAGUGGAAGGUGAUAACCGUCUACCUCUGAUGUCCUCUUACCAGCUGGAGCUAAGUGUCGGAUUUCUAGGUAAGCAACUUCAAGAAACAUUUGUUAGUUUAUGACAUAGAUUUACAUACAUAAGACAUGUUGUCAUCAACAUUUUAUUUAUACACUGAAGUCAUGAAUGGCAAAAAAUGUUGGGCAAUUAGUCUGAAUGGUUAGUUUUAAUGUUUAUUACACACAAUCGGGUGUAAUCAGUUUUAAACAAGAGAAGCCUUAAACAUUUUUGGUAUUAUUAUUGUUAUUAUUAUAAUGUCUUUAGAAAAAAUACACAGUUAAAAUAGAGUUUUAGGAAUAUCACAAAUUCUGAAAAUAAAACAGUUUUACGCUGCAAUAUAUUUAAUUUGGUUAAAAUAAUUUUCAUUAUACACCAUUUUAAUAAUGUGGUUGCUAAGCAGCCAGUAAUUUUAAUUUUUUUGUGCACUUUAAUUAAGUUUUGAUUUUGAUCUUACUACUAUGUCUUUAGCUAAUGCAAACUGGACUAUCAUGGGCUAAUAGAUUUAUUUGAGUUUCCUUCUUCACACAGGCAUGCAGACAAACCUCUCCUUUUACUCAUGCACCUGAUUUAUAUAAUAGCUGAAGGGGAAGAAAUAAGAAAACAAUCAUUAUAUACAGAUAUACAUGAUUUUUAUCUUUUUUAAAUUUUUAUAUAGACAAUAUUGCAUUAAGAGAUUACCUAGAAUACACUACAUGCUGCAGUUUUCAAUAAUAGAAAUUAGAGGUAUAAAUUUUAUGAAACAAAUAGUUUUUGAAUUUUGAUGUUGUUUCUUUCUUGCACUACCCACAUUUCUUUAAGGCAGAAUUAUUCUUAUUUAUUUCUCACUUUUCUCAUCUUUACCUUUGUCGCAUUGAGCUUCAAUAUCUCCCUGACCAGAAAUGACAAAGCUAAGAAGCUUGCAGGCAGUUUAUUUAUACAUAUUUCUUUACCAUUUACCGCAACAAAAUAACAAAAUUUAAAACUAAAGCAUCAUAAUUAAAUUUUGUUAUUUUGUUGCGUUUAAAAAGGAAGAGUUGUAGAAAGGUUGUAAGAAAAAUAUCUUGUUUACGUGUAGAUUUAUGAGCUACCGCCUUUCUUAGCAAGCGCGUACUGUCAUGAACGCGCUUUUAUAAAAUCUCUUUCUCACUCUCACAACACGCACGCGUUCCCUUGCGUAUUCUUUCAAACAUAUAGCACAAAGAUUUGUCGUGGAAACAAAAAUAACUUUAAAUCAAUCCAACAUCAACUAAAUAUAUACAUAUAGUCAGUAGAUCUUCCACACAGCGAUCUUCAACUCUAACAGUUCUCUUACUGUCACUGAGACGGCAUACACAUGUCCAUAUCUAUAUACUUCAAUCUGUCAUAUGUUUUUGGAAUAAAUUCAUUAGAGUCUUAGUUACUCACACUUGACUGAUAUCCACCCACACAAACGACUUGAGGCAACCACAUAUACGUUCCAAUGCUUAUUAAUAACAGGUGCUGACUCGGCAGACACCUACAGACGACUCAAAAUAUAUUUGCUGGGGAUCACACAUGACCCAGGCACCACAAAUAUACUCCAGGCACCACAAAUAUACUCCAGGGGCUCACACAGAUAAACUUGCAGGGAUCGACACACACGCAAUAUCCCAAGCGAACACCACACACACUUUACGUCCGCCUUUCUUCCCUGCUCACAGCCGUCUGCUUUCUUCCAAAUAUUUUGUCACUUGCGUCUCUAUCCAAUUACGUCACUUUUUUGCGUCAUAAAAUGACGUCGGGUUCUGACGCGAAACCGCGACGUAUCCAACACACUCAUAAAUGCAAAGCAAUAAUCUUUAACAAAACGAAAGACAGGGGCAACAACCUCCUGUCCCUAAUACUGGUCCCUGACACGGACACACAGUGGAGUGUAAACAAUAAUCUUGAGAGCUGUUUACCUUUUGUGUGUCAAUACGCACGACACACACACUACACCAACAUCGAUGUCCGUGUUUGACAUGGGACAUUAUAGACCUGCUCACGAGAGAUUUCUCUUAAUCUUAUUUCACAUUUAGUGAAAAAAUUUUAUUAUUAUUUCCGUUCGAUACACGCCUGUUACUUUUUUCGAGUAUUUCCAGGAGCAGAUAAGUAUAUUUUUAUUAUUCUUUAUAAACUUAUCCAUUUAGUAAAAGUAUCUGUCAUUGUUAUAACAAGCAGAACAGUUUCAAUAAUAGUAUCGUGCAUAAAUGUAAAUUCCAAUCAUGGUGAACAUGUCUUUCAAGAGCUAAGGUUUUUAAUGCUUACAAAAACAAAUCAGUGAAAUGUACCAUGCUUCAGAUAUGAAGAGUACUGACAGCAAUAUUGUGUGCUUAGGUGAUGGAUUGUAGGUGUAGUCUGCUGUUACCUUCUUCCCAUUAUUAUGAUUGGACUGCUGAACAGGGAAAAGCAUUCCUACUGAACUGGAAACGGUGGACAAGAUGGCUCGAUUCUUACAAGGGAACAUGGAGCCAAAUCUGUGAUAAUAACUUUGGAGACAUCACAGGUGGUAUACGCAACGACUGGCUGAGGCAAUAUUCUAACUGAUGUUCUCUCUCUCACACACACACAGAUAGAUGAUGUCAUUCGCAAUAUAUGGCGCGUGGACACGUGACCGUGCUGUACCCCGGUUGUGGCCAAGCCUUCCUGCGGAGCUGCUAGGGCGCGAACCUGCGAGCAGGGAUCCUCUAACUAAUGGUCUGCCGACAUUUCACACCUGCAGAGGGCCCCUGGGGGUGGAGGGCAGUACCUGGACAAGAGGAAGUGGGGUCAAGGCUGCAGCGCCACAAAAGGUAAGAGGACAAGCUGCAGUCGGCAGACACCUUGACCAACCUACAGACUUGCCACCCCGCAGUGUGUGUGGGUGUAGUGUCUCCCCCUUCUCUGCUUUUUCUUUCGUUUCCUUUUUAUAUUUACCCUUUAUUUCGGACUAACGGCAGUGAUUUUUUAUCUUCAGUUUCUCUUUUAAGUGUGGGUGUGAAUAAGUGUUUGAGAUAUUUUAUUAGUAUUUUGCGUAAUGAAUUUAUUGUUUAGACAUAUAUGAGUGUGUGCUUAAGUGCGAGUAAACAUGAGUGUAAAAUGCUUGUCGCAUCUAUGGUCAUUUUUAUGACCCUGUGUUCCAGCUGUUUGUGUCUGCAGAAUAGCCACAUUGAAUAAAAUCUCAACUUUCAACUUCCAAAUCUUAAUUUCCUCUCAUCAACUCACGUAGAUGGAGAUGGAGUCAUCAGUAAUGAACAAAAACCGAAUAUUGUUAAGCCUUGGAUAAUUAACUGUAUACAGAGCUGUCACUUAAGGAGGAUUUAUGACCAGCAGAAAACACCAGUCAGGCUUAUACCUAUUUAUAAUUCCUUUUAACUGUUUAGAAAUAAAAGUGUGGAAAGAAAUAGCUAAUAACAAUAAUGCACAAAACUUCAAAUGUAUCAUGGAAAUUUCAAAAAUUAUCAUUUCAUGUUAACGACACAAAAACAAGAAAACAGACAGACAGACCAUUAAUAGAGCAAUGCUAAAAAAAUUACUGCUAAUUUCAUACAUUUUUUUCUCUUUUUGUGUAGUUGUCCGUGAAAGUGUAGAUACUGUGCUGCUUAAUGCUGAAUAUGGCGAAAGGGGCAUAAACAUCGUCACAUGCUUUCAUCUCAUUUGUUGUUUCCCUUGUUUAAAUACCCGUACACAAAACGAUUUUGUUUCUUGCAGAAUCUUUAUAAUUCCUUUAGUACAUUACAUACAAUACAAGAAUAAGGCAGGAAAUCACUGUAUUGUAUUCUCUGUGUUGAGUAUUACAAAGACAGAUUAAACGGCUGAGACUAAUUGUGUUUGUUGAUAGUAGCUUGUUGUAAACUCAGUCGGCAGGAGU